UCCGGUGGGCGGCUGAAUAGCAGCUCCUCCGCGUCCCUCCCGAGGGGAUCCCCGGCUGAGACGGGUCGCCCGUUCCGCGCCGCGCCGCCACCCCGGCGGUGCGGGUAAGCGCCCGAGGCGGACCGGGAUGGCGGUCCCGCCGCCUGGCCGCGUUUCCUUGGGGAAGGCGUAGCCAGCGGCUCCCGCCGCGCCCGGCACUUCCUGCGCCGCCCCCCCCCCCCCCCCCCCCCGAGGCCCGCCAUGGCGCGCCCGGCAGCCGCCUACCGGGCUGCGGUGCCGCCCCGCCCCGCCUGCGCCUACACCAGCUGCUACUGCGAAGAAAAUGUUUGGAAACUUUGCGAUUACAUCAGGAGUCAGGAUCAACACCCUUUGGAAGAGUUUUAUGCCGUUUUCAUAUCCAAUGACAGGAGGAUGAUUCCACUGUGGAAGCAGAGAUCUGGACAUGGAGAUGAGCCUGUUGUCUGGCUGAACAUGAAGAAACACUUUUUUUCUGUGAGGGUGAUGGAGCAUUGGAGAAGGGUGCCCAGAGAGGACUACCAUGUUAUUCUACUUCAUGUUUCCAGUGGGGAGCAGAACUUCAUUUAUGAUCUUGACACAGUGUUGCCGUUUCCGUGUCCUUUUGAUGUGUACAGUGUGGAGGCCUUCAGGUUGGAUGACAGCCUUCAUCCAGAAUUUCACAGGAAAAUCAGAAUGAUUCGAGCAGAUUUGUACUUGAAGACAUUUGCUUCAGACAGAUCUCAUAUGAAAGAUGCAAAUGGGAAAUGGCAGAAACCUCCUCCUUCAUACCCUUGCAUUGAAACUGCAGACUCCAAGAUGAACUUGGAUGAUUUCAUCAGUAUGAAUCCCAAAGUGGGAUGGGGUUCAGUGUUCCCACUUCCAGACUUUGUGCAUCAAUUUGGCAAACAGACUGAUUACAGCUAUUCCUUGGAAGCACAGUGAAGUGAACAAAGAAGUUCUCCAUGCUUCUGUUUUGAGUGGGUGCGUGUUAUGCUGCUCUUACACUGUAUUUAUGGUUUACAUUUCUUUACAUGGAAUAAGUAUUUGGGCAAAUAGAAUACCAAAUCAGAAAUACCAUGAACUAAAUAAAAACUUUUAUUUUGAAUAUGUAAGAAUGAACUUGGGUUUUAGUAUGUCAAAUCAAAGGGAGAGUUCCCACCAUAAGCAUAUUACUUUUCCAUCUACUGUGCCCAAAUUGAAAAGAACAUUUGCAUGCUGUAUGAAAAGCUUUUGGAAAAAUACAUGCAUAAAAUACUGAACAGUGUAGCUCAAAUUGUUAAAUGUCGCUACAUUUUAGAAGUGAGUAUAUUUUCUUUAUGUUAUAAUUUCUAUCACUUACAUAAACAGACAGUGUGUCUCAGUUUAGUCACUAACUUUAUCAGUUAGGCUUAUUUAGCAGAAGCCUGAAAGCCAGACCCACAAAGGAAACAUAGAUUUAGCAGUACAAUCUUUACCUACCAAGCACUAUGUAAUACCAGGUAGGUAGUUUUCUGUGCUGUACAAGGGGAGAAUUAAAUGCUUACCGUUUCAGUUAAACUGUUCCAGUGCUGAUGGUUGCUGGAAGAUGCAUGUGCUUUUCCUUCUUACACUGGCUGUGCAUUCUCACCUGCCCUUGUGUGUUUGCACUUGGGUUUUGUCUGACCCUAUAGUAAUCCAGGGUAGGGAGCUAAAUGACAGAAAGAAGUAAAGUUUUGGUUUUUGUUUUGUUUUGCCUCUUAGCUCCUUGAACUGGCUUACCAUGAGGUCAGACAGCUGCUCUUGCUGGUUUAAGGAAAUCAGCAGGAACAUAUGGUUGGGGGAAGGGAAUGAGAAAGCCUCCCCCAUACAGGGUCAUUUGCUGCUGAAUUUCCUUAGAGGUGAUACCCAGCUGCAUCCUUGCAGGAGAACCUAGGAAAGCCAUCACGUUGAUGUGGGAUUUGGAGCAGUCUCUUGCGUUUUAGAAGAGUGCCCUAAAUAUGGGAUUACAGAAAUAGGCUAAAAUGGGGUAUUUAAUUCUCUGGUUUUAGACCUGGUCUACUUUAUAUACUUGCAUAUCAUACAAUGACAGACUGGUAGAAUAAUUCAGGUUAGAAGGGUCAGGCGGUCUCUAGUCCAAUCUCCUGUUCAAAUCAGGUCAGACUAGGCUGCUCAGGGCUUUAUCCAUUCAAGCCUUGCAAACCUACUGGGAUUGAGACUACAGUAAACAUUUGUGAUGAACUUCAGUCUUGGUGAGGAAAAGCAUAGUAGCUGUGUUAAGUAUUAAGGGAUCACUUUAUUUGUAAUUACGAAAAAAUAAAAAAACUUCAAAGAUGUUUACAUGUAUAUUACUGUUAUAUAGGUGUAUUAUUAUCCACAUAUUCUAUUACUGUAUCUCCCAUCAGUUUCAGAGAAUUUACUCAGUAUGUUAACAGCAGAGGCAGACCAUUGAACAACUGUAGGAUUGAUUCACUUCAUCCAAACACCUCUUUUUCUGUGUCAUAAGGGCUGGUUGAAUAUAGAAACUUAUACUUUCUGUUGCCAGAUGCAGCACAGCUGGUUGGCUAUGCAGAUAGGCUGCUACCACACAGAUUCCUUGGGUGCCAGCACGGACUACGGAUAGGUAGGGAGCCAGUUGUUGGGGCAGUCAUCUGCAGAGUGGAACAGUUGAUCUGUAGCUUCUUUCUCUGAACCAACUUAAAUAGAAGAGAUAGAGAUGAUGGGACUUGGGAUUCCUGACACACAGGUGCUCAGAACUCUCCUGAGAGGGGGCAGCUCUGAGGUUAACCAGAUGCACCUCCAUAAAAGGUCUGAUGGUGCAUGAAAUGACAGCUCUUUCUGCAUGAUGCUUGAUGGGGCAGGUGUGCUUUGAAUGAGUUAAGAUGUUGUUACUUACUGGUUUUGAGUGAUGUCAAGAUUGGUUGUCUGUGUGCACAGCAGCAGAAAUUUGCCUGCUCAGCUCUGUAUAGAGGCUAACCCACUGCCCAGGGCAUUGCACACACUGCCCAGGUUAGACAAUAGCAGAACUGAGAAUUUAAAGAUCCGUGUUUUAGUUGAACAGGUUAUGUUAAGCACUUUUUAUCCUUCAAGUGACUGACUCAUAUACACAGAGUUCCUGUACAUUCCUCAACAGACCCUUUAAGUUGUUGCAGAACGUUAGGUUCUCAUCUCUCUCUACUUGAGUAUGUCAUUUGAUUUAAAUACUGAGCUGCCAUCCUCAGCUAGUUUCUGGUGCCUGAAAUCCAUGACACACUCCCUUUAGUGAGGCUUAGACACAAGAAUCUGCCUGAUUUAAUCUAGUUUCAGGAUCAAGGCUGUUAAGGAGGAGAACAGUCACAACCAUUAUUCAGAACAUGCAAGUUUUAAAAAAAUAAUCAAUGUGAAGAGACAGUCCUUUUUCUCUCUAAUCAUUCUGAACAGAUGCUUAAUUUUACAUGUAGCAGGCUGGGUCUGUGUGAUGAUAGCUUUUCUAAAAUUAACGAUCUUUUUGUAGCUCUUGUAAAAAGUUGUCAUUCCAAAGGGAUAGGUAAAAGCCAGAGGAUUAUUUAAUUCAGUGCUGAGGAUGUUGAUGCUGUGCUGUCUCUGUAGCCCUUCAAGCCUGGUGGCAUUUCAUCACCAUUUCAGGUGUACUGCCAGAAUUCAGGAAUACACCAAAUGCUCAUUUAGGGUUCCAAAUACAAACAGGAACUAGUUGCUUCACCAUAAUUAGCAGAGACCAGCCCUUUUAAUCUUCCCCGUGCCUAGGUGAUGUCCUGAUAUGUCCAGCACAAAGAUGUGCUGCUUAUUCACUUUCAGUACAAUUAUUUCUUAGCGCAGCUUAGCUUUUCAUUCCCUUUUAAACUUCUUUACCUUGUCCUUUCCCACAGUGAAGUCCUUCUGUUGUCCAGUGAUUAUUACAGCAUUUAUGUGCUGAGAGCCCUUGUGCAGUGGCUUUUUGGACUAGGUCACUCUUGAGUCAGGUACUGACCAAAGUGAGGAGAAAACCCCUGCCCUCAGGUCAGUUACAAUCCCAUGGUCUCCCAGCUUCUGUAUUCUGUUGGUCACUGGAAAUUCUCCAACACUUCACUUCCAGACGUGUUAGGGCAAGACCCUGAUAGCCUUAUACUCAUAAUGGCACGAUGUCCUAACUCACAGGUAGUUCUUGCCUCUGUCAGGCUGUUGAUGCAGUAAGCUGCAGAAUGAGAUGGGACAGCCAUGUCUCUCCUGACUUUUUUUCCUCUUUGCUGCUGCUUUUUAGUUAAUAGUAUAGUUUAUUUAAUAGCUAACCUCUUUUAGUUGCUUCUUGGGGACUUUAAGGAAAAAACCACCAUAUUUCUGACAUGUAUUUGCUUGGUCAGCAUAUUUCUGCAAACAAACAGCCAGGUCUGUCUUGAGAAAAUACCAUUUCUCAGUUGGCCAGCAGAGAGAGCAGUCAGCAUUCAGUGGACAAGCCGGCUGGGACGCUUAGCCAGAGGCACUCUCCUGUACACUCACCCCUGCCAGAAGCUGUUACAGUUAAAAAAAAAAUAAUUCUGACAGCAGUGCAGAGGUGAUCCAUAUCUUGCGAGGUUGUCACUAAUGGGUUAUGUAUUGCCCUUGACUGCCUGACUCUCUUAAUGUCAGUGCACGUCCUUCCUGCACAUCAAGGACUAUGUGUGAGCAUCGUCAAAGCACCUACCAGUUUUUUGGGAUCUGUUCAGUAUUCACAAUCCCUGCCGAAAUGGGUAUGUGGCACCUUAAGUUAACCGACUAAUUGCUUUCCUAUCAAUCUGUGGAUUUCAGGGGCUAAAUUUAGUCACCCAGGACAUUGCAAUCUGAUCUGCGCUAUUAAAUAAGCUGCAGGGAGGCACCAGGGUGCAUUUAUAUGAAUCAGAUUCCAGGAUGAGAGCCCAGGUCGGGACAUUUUGACCAGCGUGGUCUCCUUUCCUCAACCCCUCAUCAUCCAGACAGAGCCUCAUGCGUGCACUGAAGCACUGUUGCUCUCCCAACACUUACUGUAGAAUGGCCAUCUCUGGGGCCCACUUUUCUUCUGUUAGAAUAACUUUGGUCCAAAUUUUUCUGUUUUAUGGUGCUGUAGUUUUUUCCCCCACCUUUUCAGCAAACAUGGGUUGUGGGUUGAAUGACCUGAGAAAGCUGUGGGGAAUAGGUAGGAGGUGUGAAAACCCCACCAUGUCCCUGCAGUAGCCACAGUUACCUCCUACCAGGUGCGUUGCAGAACCAUUACUGAGACACAGUCCACGACCCAGGUGAUGGCUGUCCCCUGCGACUAGCACAAGGCACACUGCCAGCGGGGAGGACCAGCAAAGCAUCGCUUCACACAUCACCUGGCAGAGCAGAUGGCUCUGGUUUUGGUGGGGUUGCCCUCCUACGACACUUUGGAUUCACAGGCUCAGAGAAUCUCCUCUUCUCUUGAGGUGAAACCUGUCUGGACGUCUGUCUUCAGGUAAUUACCCACUCAGAAAUUUGAGGGAGGGAAUACUGGUGAUUUUCUUCCUCCUUCUGGCUUCCUCUUUAUGCAGGAGUUGGCGCAGUUGAGGCCAGGGUUAAUGAAGCAUACCCACAGAGUGAGUGUCUGGAGGCAUCUGCUCAGGUUUGCUCAGCAGCUGUGUGUAGCCUUCCCCGUGGAGCUCAGCUCUCAGUGAAGGUUUUCCUUUGUGAUCAUGGAGUCAGAAGCGAAGCACUCCAUACAAAUGCAUCCUUUCAGCAACUUAAGUGCAGCUGCGGUAGUGGUUCUGGAAAAUCUCUCCAGUUUGACCUAAAAUAAACAAAUAUGGUUGCUUAAGUAUCCUCAAUGUUUCCUUAUACUUACAGUAGGAAAUACCUUGGAUACUGAGGGCAGCUAAAACAAAUCUUACUUAGUUAUCUAAUGCCUCUGGCAAGUCCCUGAGUUUCUGAGUGAGCUAAGCCACUUCCUAGGCAUGAGGCAUACCGAGCUUUGUUUUAUAGCGAUAAAAAUAAGCAUUCAAAGGACCUGAGCUGUGAGCUGUCACUCACAAAGUCCGAGUGAAGGAGCAUUAUUCACCUGAAGCUCAUUUUGAGUGUCUGGUGCAGGUGCAGAGGGAGAUGAGCAGGGUGUUUCUGACAAGCUGGAUUCCUGACAUUAUAUUACUUAAAAGCAGGAAAUGCUCAUUUGGCCUGGUUCAGUGUCAUACUGGCCUUCCCAUGCAAGGCUAUAUCUGGAACUCAAACACUACAAUAAGGCAGGAAUCAUUAUAUGUUAUUUUUUUUAAACAGCCUACACAGUUAGAAGAUGGUAGUUAUCUCGGCCUUCCCUUCUUUUCAGUAUGCAAUUGUGGCGGCGUGCUUCCCACCGUCUCAGCUCGGCUGCUGAAAUGGCAGCGCACCAGCUCCAUGCUUGGAGCCACCCCGACAAAAUGUUCUGCUGCGGCUUUUAACCAUUUAGUAUUAAAGCUCCCUCUGCUUCCACCGUUUCUAACUGCUGAGGUGAGGCAAGGGUUUCCAGUCCUUGUUUAUAGCCAGUGUAAUCAGCUCGGCUAUUUAUACUGUACUCAUCACAGAGCACUUUGCUGUAUGAAAUGGUCACAGUUAUAUUUAUACCAAUGCAAAAACAAAGUCAUCACAAAUCGAGGAGGCGACAUUCAGAGUAUUUUUUCCUUGCUACAUCAUGCUGUUUCUUCAGCAAUUCAAACUUUUAUCAGGCAAAGUCACACUCCUAGGAAGAAAAUACAGCCCGCUGCAAGUCAGGAAUCCCACCAGCAUUUAUCUGUGCGUGUGUUUUUGUCAUGCUUGAAGUAAAUGCAACUGUUUAGUCAAGUAGCUCCUACCAGCUGCUACCUCAGUACGAACACCCAGCACUGCCAGCAAAGUCCAUAGAGUUGUCUUAGUACAGCUGAAAGCAGAGUUUGAUCCGCUCUGCCAGAGGUACUAAAAAUACCUUUUAAUAUGCUAAGGUAUGUGUCUGGCCAAGAGUUGUUUUCAAAUACAUCAUACCAUGGAGUUGCUACAAAGUAAAUGGAGCCCAAGCAGCUCGGUCCUGAGAUUUAAAAUAAGCAAGGGAGGGCUGCUGGGGUCCAGCCUCUCUCCGGGCUGGGGGGCACCCCCAUGGUGCUCCCCCUGCCUUUAUCCUAGCAGUAGGUUGGGAAGAAAGGACUUGGAGGGGAUUUGCAGUGCCUUACCUGCCAUGUUUGUCAGAAGUGUUUUACUGGGAAGAUUGUUUCCUUAACCCUCGUUCUCAUUUAACUUAUUUGAUAAUUAUUAAAUAAAUAAAUAAAUGAAAA